AUGGAGCAGCAUCCCGCGGAGAGCUCGGCCCCCGAGCGCACGGACCUCAGAAGGGAUGGCGGAGACGAGGGCACAGACCCCGGGAGGGUCGGCGACAAGGGCAUGGAUCCUGGAGGGGACGCAGACCCCGGAGAGGACGGCGACGAGGGCAUGGAGUCUGGAGGGGUCGGCGACGAGGGCAUGAACCCCGAAAGGGACGACGGCGGCGACGAGGGCAUGAACCCCGAAAGGGACGACGGCGGCGACGAGGGCGGCGGGCAGCCGGAGGCCGCUGGCGCCCUGGAGACGAGCAGAAAUGACCACAUGGCCCUGCUGCUCAGGCUGAGGGCACAGACAAGACAACAACUCUUGGAAUAUAAAUCAAUGGUUGAUGCAAGUGAAGAAAUAACUCCAGAAGAAAUCCUUCAAGAAGAACAAAUCGAAGUUAAAAUUGAAAGCCUGGAAAAUGAAAUUGAUGAGGCAAAAACUGCUCUUGAAAUUAAAAAUCUUGCAUUAGAAAGGAUACAACUUUCGGGUGCACUUACAAAUCACAUGGAAAAUACUAACAUCAAGACCAGUUGGCUCAUGGAUAACAUGAAACAUAUAUUGACACUAAAUAAAUCUAUAAUGGCAUCACAGCAGGAAUCUUGGGACUUAGAAGAAAAACUGCUUGACAUUAGAAAGAAGAGACUGCAAUUAAAACAAGCUUCACAAAGUAAGUUUUUAGAAAUUCAGACUGAAAAGAACAAACAGAAGAAGGAUAUGGAAAGUAUGGAAAAUUCUGAUAGGAUAAAUGCCAUACAACAAGAAUUACAGGCAGAGAUAAAAGUUGCUACAGUUGUUCAACAUGUGUUCCAGAACAUCAUUUUGGGGAGUAAAGUCAAUUGGGCACAGGAUGAUGCCUUAAAGGAAAUUGUUUUCCAACUUGAGAAGAAUAUCACCAUGCUAUAA